AUAUUUUCAAUUCCGCGUCUUUCUCUGUAGAAAUCGAAAAGAUCUUGGGAACGAAAUCUCACAAAAAAAUAAAAAAUAAAGAGGAAACAAAAUCUCAUUUAAAGUUUUGAAAAUUCAAAAGAAACAAAAAAAGCGCUUAAGCAUUUUUUGCAUUUCUCUAAUUUGCUUUCUCGAAUCACAAAGCAAUCAAUGGCGGGUUAUAGAGCAGAUGAUGAAUACGAUUACCUUUUCAAGGUUGUUUUGAUCGGUGAUUCGGGUGUGGGAAAGUCCAAUUUGCUCUCACGAUUCACCAAAAACGAGUUUAGCCUCGAGUCUAAAUCCACAAUCGGCGUCGAGUUCGCGACUCGGAGUUUGAAUGUUGAUGAUAAAGUCAUCAAAGCCCAGAUUUGGGAUACUGCUGGUCAAGAAAGGUACCGAGCCAUCACUAGCGCGUAUUACAGAGGAGCUGUUGGAGCUCUUCUCGUCUACGACGUAACUCGACACUCAACGUUUGAAAACGUAGAGACGUGGCUCAAAGAACUCAGAAACCACACCGAUCCAAACAUCGUAGUCAUGCUCGUGGGCAACAAAUCUGAUCUCCGCCAUCUUAUUGCUGUUCAGACCGAAGAAGCCAAAACUUUCGCUGAGAAAGAAUCUCUCUACUUCAUGGAAACCUCAGCUCUCGAAUCCACAAACGUCGAGAACGCUUUCGCUGAAGUCCUCACUCAGAUUCACCACAUUGUGAGCAAGAAGGCCAUGGAAGCAGCUAGUGAAGCAGCUAAUGUUCCGUCUAAAGGAGACAAGAUCGAUAUCGGUAAAGAUGUUUCCGCUGUGAAGAAAUCCGGAUGCUGCUCAAACUAAUAAGAAGAGUAGUAGAUAUCUUUUGCAAUGUUUAACGACCUUGAGGAUCGGUUUAUCUUUAUAUUAAAAAAAACGAUUUA